CUUCAAUUCGCAUCCUUACAAAACCGAAAUCGGACACAUUGUUUAGAGAGAGAGAGAGAGAGACUUGUGGAGCGUUACUGGCUGUGAUGGUGAGAGACAGAAUGGCGAAUCGCUCUCUUCUUCUCGAACCGUUCGGUUCCUCGCUUUCUCAUUAUUCUUCUUCUCCAAUCUGACCCAUUUUGAUCUUCAUCAGGCACUAAUCUCUCUCUCUCUUUCUCUCUCAUUAUGUGAGGCUUCCUAUAUAUGGGAGAGGUGACAAAGCUGUUGUAUGUAGUUGUUGUGGAUGAUGGAGAGAAGAGGGAGAAAGGGAAAGAGUCGUUCCGAUACACGCGCCCCGUUCUGCAGAGCACUCUGCAGCUUAUGGGAUGCAAAGCUCGACAUGCCUUCAAGAUAAGCCGAAGGGUCUUCGAAUUGAUGAAAACUGAAUUCGCAGUGGAUGCUUGGGUUUCAACAGGAGUCGAAAUUUUGGAACUAGAUGCUUCAAAAGGACAGUCCCAGAAAGAAAAUGGUCUGUGUAAUAGUGGUUGUGCUGAAAAAAUAGAUGAGGGCAAACAUGUGGUGCCAGAGAAAGAUGGAAAAAGUAAGAGCAAACCAUUUGUAUCGUACCAUCGUCGCACCACUGUGGUUGUGAGAAGAAAAACUUUCUUAGAUGUUGUGUGUGAUGCUCUGGCUGAAUACAAGCAUGUAGGCCCCAACCAGAGAGCGGACUUGCUUUUAGCUUGCAGAAUUCGGGAAAGGAAGGAAUCUGUAACCGUGCUUCUGUGUGGGACCAGCGGCUGUGGAAAAUCUACGUUGUCUGCGCUCCUGGCUAGCCGGUUGGGAAUCACAACUGUUAUAUCAACUGACUCAAUCCGGCAUAUGAUGAGGAGCUUUGUAGAUGAAAAACAAAAUCCCUUGCUUUGGGCUUCAACAUACCAUGCUGGCGAAUGCUUGGAUCCAGAGGCUGUUGCAGCAGCAAAAACCAAAAGGAAAGCUAAAAAAUUAGCUGGUGUUUCAAAGCUGCUGCCAAAAGAGAAUGUAUCUGAUGGUUCUAAAGUUGGGAAAUCUGAUUCACGAUCACCAGAAAUGGGUCCUCGUUCUUCUGAAUUAAUCAGUCCAAGACAAAUGGCCAUUGAGGGAUUUAAGGCACAAAGUGAAAUGGUGAUCGACAGUCUUGAUCGGCUGAUCAGUUCCUGGGAAGAGCGAAAGGAAUCUGUAGUAGUUGAGGGUGUCCACUUAAGCCUCAAUUUUGUGAUGGGGCUUAUGAAGAAACAUCCUUCAAUCAUACCAUUCAUGAUAUACAUAUCAAAUGAGGACAAACACUUGGAAAGAUUUGCAGUUCGAGCAAAGUACAUGACGCUAGACCCUGCUAAAAACAAGUAUGUAAAAUACAUCCGAAACAUCAGGGCAAUCCAAGAGUAUCUUUGCAAUAGAGCCGACAAGCAUCUGGUUCCAAAAAUUAACAAUACCAACGUUGACAAGAGUGUGGCUGCAAUCCAUGCAACGGUCUUCAGCUGCCUUAGAAGGCGAGACGGCGGAGAGCAGAUUUAUGAUCCUGCCACAAAUACAGCUCCUGUGGUUCAGGAGGAAUACACAAAUCAAUGUGCUGCGAAUUCAUUGAGCUCCAAGGGUAUGCUCCAACUUAUUCAAAGAAAAGGUUCAACUAGGCAUCUGAUGGCUCUUCUGAAUAUCGAUGGCUCUGUGGCAAAGGCUUGGCCAAUUGACCGAAAUGGCAAGCCCAUUAUGAGCAAAUCUACUGAGAAGGGGACUGGGACACAAAUGUAUGGGCCAUUAAAGAUUGCCAAGUCUGAACCCAUUAAUCUUCAGUUUGGUCACUUUGGGAUCAGUGCUUGGUGGCCCGGUGAUUCUUGUGGCACAAGUCACGCCAGCAGUGUUGAUGGGUCAAGGGGUGAGGUUACUGACAAUGGAAGUAGGUAUUAUUCUUCCUGCUGCAGCUCAAUGUCAGAUGGACCGGCCAAGAAGCUCAAGGAGGAGCAUUCUGUGCAUGGCAGUGAUGAGGAGGUUGAUGAUCCUUCCGAGGCGGACAGCGAUGAUGACCUUAGUGAUGAUGGUCAAAAAGAAAUUCCCGAAGAGAUGGAGGGCUCUGUAGAUGAGGGCUCCACUCAAUCAGACGAAGAGUACGAUGAUCUCGCAAUGCAGGAUUUCCAAGAGAAUGGCUACUGGUGUGAUGAUGAGGAGUUCAAGGAUAAGGAAGUAGUGCCUACAUCUGGGGAAGAACCAACUUAUGAGGUUCCUAGUAUUUUUAAAGAUACCCAUAGAAAAAGUCUUGAUCAUUUCUUGAGGACAAAAGGCGAACUGCUUUCUGAACUACCUUGCUCUUACUCUUUUCUAGCAAGGGACAACAAUGAGAAGAGAGUGCCAUGUUUUGGUAAUUUAAAACUGAGAAAACGUUCUCAAAGUAUACCGGCUUUUGGAAAGCAUGGUUCAGUGACCAAGGAUGCCAUUCUCUCCGGAACCCCUCGGAAGUAGCAGAAAAUUUUGGUGUAGAGGUUAUUUAAAGAGUAAAGUGCAUCAGUUAGUGUCUCAUCUUGCAAUUUUGUUGUUGAGCAUGGUUUUAACUAUCCCUGAUAGAUGAUCUGUGGUCGGAACAAAAGUAUAGAGGUUCAUGAUGCUGCGAAAUGGGACAACUUUUUGCUGCACGAUUGUACCAUUGACAUUCCUUUUGUGUAGAUCGAAGAUCUAUGGAGAGAUUUACAAAGGAAAGUUAACAUUGAUGAAAGGAAUAGGUUCUUCA